GCUGGACCCAGGCUAUUUGCUGGCAUCAAUCAAAGCCCGUUGAAGAAGCCAAUGGCCAUGAAGCACGGCCAUGAGCAGGAGCAGGAGCCGACAAGCGGAGACCUGACGUGAUCGCUCCAAGCUCCUUCCCCCGUCCUCGCUCUCCCGCAACUACUCCACCAAAGACAUCACCACCACCACAACCCCAAACCACCGCCAACAUGCACAUCCUCGUAACCAACGACGACGGCCCGCCCAGCAACGACUCGUCGCCGUACGUGCACCCCUUCAUCACGGCGCUGCAAGAGGCCGGGCACACGGUGUCGGUGGUGCUGCCGCACACGCAGCGCUCCUGGAUCGGCAAAGCGCACAUCGUGGGCCACUCGAUCCGGCCGUCGUACUUCCGGCCAGACGCGAUUCCGAAGCCGCUCCCGGCGAGCGCCAACAACCGCUUCCCCAACACGGGCAGCACGCACGCGGCGCCGCUGCCCGCGUCGUCGACGGACGAGGAGUGGCUGCUGGUCGACAGCACGCCGGCGUCGUGCGUGCAGAUCGGCCUGCACCACUACUUCGGCGCGCGCGGGCCCGUCGACCUCGUCGUCUCGGGCCCCAACUACGGCCGCAACACGACGGCCGUCUUUGCCCUCUCGUCGGGCACCAUUGGCGGCGCCAUGGAGGCCGCCGUCUGCAACAAGCGCGCCAUCGCCCUGUCCUUUGCCUUCUUCGACCGCAACCACGACGCCUCCAUCAUCUCCGAGGCUUGCCGCCACGCCGUGCGCGUCAUCGACCACCUCGCCGCCAACUGGGACUCGCAGACGCACCUGUACUCGGUCAACGUGCCGCUGCAGCAGGGCGUCUCCGGCAAAAAGACGGUCUGGACCGAGAUGCUGCAGAACACGUGGGACGAGGGGAGUUCCUUCCAGGAGAUUGACGUCCCCGAGGGCGACGACGCCGGGCCUGCCGAGGCCGAGCGCGAGAUCCGUGAGGAGGAGAGCAGGGAGGAGGCGCCGCGCGGGAGCGGCUCUGACACCCCGGCUGGGAGCGCCCAUGCCCGCUACACGCACAAGCACUUCCGCUGGGCGCCGAGCUUCAAGGCCGUUCACGACAGCGUUGAGAGGAGCGAGCCGGGCAAUGACGGCUGGGCCGUCCGCCAGGGCUUUACGAGUGUCACGCCGCUGCGCGCCAACUUUAUGCACGCGCCGGCGAACUACAAGGGCGAGAUUACCCUGUAGAGGGCGGUGCGGUGCUCGGGUGGGAGAUGAGGGUGUCUUGAAGGACGGGCGAGGGCUGGGACAUCCCGCUACACGGAGAAAAGACCUGGGGGCAUAGACGAGGAGCAUGUGCGUGUGGUAGCACUCGCACUUAAGGCAUGUCAAUUAGUAGGCAUGAUAACAAAACGAAAUCUACCAAGAAAUGUACAGAACACCUAGUCAGUC